AUGGUAAUUCAGGAUGAAUGCAGCAGAUGGCCCAAACCGAUACAAGGUUGCACAAGGGAGCUCAAUCCAGUCUGUGGUACCAAUGGUGUGACGUAUGACAAUAAAUGCCUUCUGUGUUUAGAAAGGCAAAUGGUAUUGGAAAAUGGCAUUGGCAUUGUGUUAGAGGAUGAAUGCAGCCAGUUGCCCAGGCAGCUGAGCGGCUGCACAACAGUCUUCGCCCCAGUCUGUGGCAGCAAUGGUGUGACGUACAACAAUGAAUGCCUGCUUUGUUCAGCAAGGCAGGACACAGGGGAAGAUGUUCAAAUAAAGCAUGGAGGCAAAUGCAAGGAAAAGGAUGAAUGCAGUGAGUUGCUAGGGCCAGAGAAGGGCUACCCUCCUGUGUGCUCACUGUACUAUUGGAAGUUCUGUGGCAGUGAUGGCAGGACGUACCAAAACAAGUGUGAAUUUUGUGAUGCCAAAAGGAAGAGUGGAGGAACUCUUGAAAUAGAGUACGAGGGAGAAUGUGUGAACAAAGUAGAGGAUGAAUGCAGUGAGUUUCGAGAGAUAAAGAAAGGCUACCCUGUUAUGUGCAUUCUGGAUCAUGAGAAAGUCUGUGGCACUGAUGGCGUGACGUACCCAAACAAGUGUGAAUUUUGUGUUGCCAAAAAGAACUAUGGAGGAGCUCUUGAAAUACACUACGAGGGAGAAUGUGAGAAUGUAAUAAAAGAUGAAUGCAGUGAGUUUCGAAAGAUGAAGAAAGGCUACCCUCUUAUGUGCAUUCUGGAUCAUGAGAAAGUCUGUGGCAGUGAUGGCGUGACGUAUCCAAACAAGUGUGAAUUUUGUGUUGCCAAAAAGAAUCAUGGAGGAACUCUUGAAAUACGCUAUGAGGGAGAAUGUGAGAAUGAAAUAAAACCAGAUAUCUGCAGUAAACACCCGAAAAUGAAACCUUGCAAUAAUGAGCACAAACCUGUCUGUUCCACCAGCGGAGUGACAUUUGCUAACAAAUGCCUUUUCUGCGAAGCAUGGAGGAAAUACGGAGGUACUUUUGACAUACGGAACGACGAAGAGUGUGAAAAAGAGGAUAAGUGCAAACAUCUUUCAGAGGCAGAGCAGGGUGAAUCUGCUAUGUGUCCAAUGGACUAUAAUCCCAUCUGUGGCAGUAAUGGUGUGACAUAUGGCAAUUUAUGUGUUUUUUGUUAUGCCAAAAGGAAAAGUAAAGGCGAUCUCACUAUUAUUCAUGAGGGUGGAUGUAAGAAAAAGCCAGAUAUCUGCAGUGAAUAUCCAGAAACAGAGCAAUGCAAGGAUGAUCACAAGCCUAUCUGUUGCACCAAAGGAGUGACAUAUAUUAACAAAUGCUUCUUUUGUGUAGCUUGGAGGAAACACGGAGGCACGUUUGAGAUACAGAGUGAGGGAGAGUGCGAGAAACAGGCAAGUUCCAAAUACACAGAGCACUGA